AUGGCUACUACCACCGAGACCUUGCAAUUCAAUCGAACUUCAUUCACCCUAGCAGGUCCAUAUGGUGACUGGCGUGAUGAUCUUGAAUCCCAGGGAUUUGUGGUAAUCAAGAAUGCCAUCGAACCUGAGAAAGCCAAGUAUUACCAGCAAAAGUCUUUGGACUGGCUCAAGUCAUUUGGUACUUUGCUUGACUUGGAUGACCCUUCCACCUGGACAGCGGAAAAUCUUCCUGUGCAGAGCACAAUAAAUACCUUCCAAGGAUAUUCAGUCGUACACGAAAAGUUCAUGUGGGAAGCUCGCAUGGAACCCAAAGUCCUCGAUGCCUUUUCCAAGAUUUGGGGCACAGAUGAGCUGCUGGUCUCUUUCGAUGCUUUGAACAUUACUCUACCAAAUCGUCCGGACAAACCGGCCCAAAAACCGUGGCCUCACGUAGAUCAGUCUCCUCUGCGUCGUGGCCUUCAUUGUGUGCAAGGGAUCAUCAAUCUCAGUAACGCUGGUCCCGAGGACGGUACCCUCAUUGUGCUACCGAGAUCGAAUGCAGUGAACGAGGAAUUCUUUGGCUCGCAGACCGACCCAUCGACCUGGGAGAAGGCAGACUUCCGUUACUUUAGUGAAAAGGAAAUGCAAUGGUUCGAGGAGCGUGGGAUGAAGCCUAUUAAGGUCCUGGCAGAGCCGGGAGACUUGAUCCUGUGGGAUUCACGAACUUGUCACUGGGGUGGCGAACCUACAGAGAAAAGCAACACGAUCCGGACUGUGAUCUAUGCCUCUUACUCGCCUGCGAGCUUGGCCUCGAGCGAGACUCUCGAGCUGAAGAAAGAAGCCUUUGAAUCAUUCCGAGCAACCACCCACUGGGCUCACGACAAUAUUAGGAUCCGAGAUGACAUGGUGUAUCUUCCGGACGGAACAGUAGACCCUCGUAAUAGAUCCAAGCCUCUGGAAGAACCGGAAUACACGGAUCGUCUGCUCCGUCUGGCUGGACUGAAGCCAUACUGA